UUUUUUUUUCUCCCUCUCGCAGUCCUUCUCACAAGGCGCUCUUUAAGCUCCGGUGUCGCCACACAGAGCAGCCAUUCAUCGGCUCCACUGCCAGCCACACGCACUCCCAUGUUGAACCACUGCGCGUCUCUACAGGUGUAGCGGAUUUCGAUGCGGAAAAAAGGGAUCUGGCCACAUUUACGCACCACAAUGGCUUCGUAUUAAAAGUCCAAAGUACCGGGAAGCUUCGAAAACUCCACAUACUAUACUAAAAACUCUUUAAAAUAGUUUCAAAGUUGUUGUUCAACAAAUUUAACUUAAAACAAAAAAAAUGUCCGGAGAGGAGCACAGUAUGUCCGAAGCGGAGCUGAGCCCUGGAGGUUCGGACGACGUUCACUCACUCUCCCCGAGCCACGCCGGAGCUCCACCCGGUCACGACUCACCUCUGACCGGACCCCCGCCUCAGCUGACUUCGCUCUGCGUAGCGGACGCCUCGGGAGACGAGAGAUCGACGGUCAAGUCGGAGGAGGACGACGAUCGCUUCCCCAUUGGCAUCCGGGAGGCGGUCAGUCAAGUUCUCGACGGCUACGACUGGACCCUGGUGCCCAUGCCGGUGCGCGUCAACAACGGAAACAAAGCCAAGCCUCACGUCAAGCGGCCCAUGAACGCCUUCAUGGUAUGGGCCCAGGCGGCCAGGAGGAAGCUGGCCGACCAGUACCCCCACCUGCACAACGCGGAGCUGAGCAAAACCCUCGGAAAACUGUGGAGGCUGCUCAACGAGAGCGACAAGAGGCCAUUCAUCGAGGAGGCGGAGAGGCUGAGGAAACAGCACAAGAAGGACUACCCGGAGUACAAGUACCAGCCCCGGAGACGCAAAAAUGGCAAAUUGACGCCCGCUAAUGAGUCGGACAGCCCGGGCGAGGGGGAGGCCAGCCACUCCCAGUCGCACUACAAGAGUCUGCAUUUGGAGCAUAAUGGAGGCGCGGGGUCACCUCUGGGCGACCUGCACCACCAUCACCAUCACCACCACCACCCUGCGAGUCAAGGGCACAGCCCCCCCACACCACCAACCACCCCAAAAACAGAUCUCCAGUCAGGCAAACUGUCAGACAGCAAGCGGGACGGGGCUGCAGGAGGGGCCGGAGGAGCAGGGGGCUCCAGGGGACCCCUCGGCGUAGGUGGCGAAGGGCCUUCCGGCGGUCCUUCGUCAUCCAGCUCCAAGCCCCACAUCGAUUUCGGCACCAUGGACAUCGGCGAGAUCAGCAACGAGGUGAUGUCCAACAUUGAGCCUUUCGACGUCAACGAGUUCGACCAGUACUUGCCCCCUAACGGGCACCCCCAGGGCGCCGCCGGAGCCUCCGCAGCGGGGACCUCGGCCUCAUCCUACGCCUACGCCCUUGCAGCGGCUAGCGGCCAUUCGGCUUGGCUCUCCAAACAGCAGCAGCAGCCUCAGGGCUCGCCCACUCCCGCUGACCACUCCAAGGCCCAGAUCAAAAGCGAGUCCGGGAGCCAUUACGCCGAGGCCUCGUCGUCGCCCUCUUCGGGCGCGCACGUCACUUACACCCCGCUCAGCCUCCCUCACUACGGCUCUGCUUUCCCCUCGUUGGCCUCCAGAGCUCAGUUUGAAUACGGAGACCACCAGGCCCCCGGGGCGUACUACACCCACUCCAGUCAGGCCCCCGGGCUGUACUCAGCCUUCUCCUACAUGGGCCCGACACAGAGGCCUCUGUACACCACCAUAGGCGACCCCUCCAGUGUGGCCCCCUCCCACAGCCCCACACACUGGGAGCAGCCUGUUUACACCACACUCACAAGACCCUGAGGGCGGAGUCCAGGAAUAUAUGGGAAGCGUGUGAGCGCAGCGUGUGUUUGCUAAUGGGAGUUUGCGUGACUUGUGCGUGUGUGUGUGUGUGUGUAUGUCUAUGCCAUAUUGAUGUCAUAUUAGAGGUUUUUACUUUUUUUAGCUGAUAAAAUGCAUCCAAGGGGGCGCAGUUGUUCAUUGUGGGGUCUGCAACUAAUCUAGAAGAUACAUUUGGAAACUUUGCGUGCCAUCCGGAAUGUGAGUGAAGAUGUACAGCAACUGGAGAGGAGGAGCCAAUAGAUUGUUUUCUAUACAUGAAUGAUAACCCAGGAAAGGUUCACAGACUGACAUCAUCCCGUUUAUUAACCAAACUAAAGGAGACUUUUUUUUUUUAAUCUUUUUUUAUAUGACUAGUGUCAUUGAUAUUGAUAUAGUAGAGUAACUUUAUUGUGACUGACAUUAUAAUAUACUUACACAGCUUCACCACUGCUUCUGGUUUCGUUCAAACUCGGCGCCCGAUUAAGGGUUAUUUUUGGUGACUUUUUUUCUUCGGCGAUAACUCUUGUCUGUCUGUGUGUUUCUGUGUCGCUAUCCUUUACUACUUUUUUGAUCUGAAGCAUUUAUGGGAAUAAUAGGGAAAAGAGAGGGAAAGACAGCUUCUAUUUCACAACUUUGAUCCAUCUUGGAUACUUGACCUCAACUCUUAUUGCCAUUUUGUGCCAAUAGCAGAAAACGCUUUCCACGCCUGCUCAUUUAAAGAAAACUAUCUCACUUUUUUCCCUUUUGUAAUAAUCUCAAAUCUCAUCGCUAACGUGUUGUAAUGAGCAGUAGUACAAAGUUCCCUUCAGAUAAUUGGCCAGCUUUGGGUCCUGCUUAAGGAUUACUUGGAAUCACAUGUACAAUUGUUCCGCACGUUUUCUACUCUACUGUUUUUCCUAUAGAGCUGCCCAAACAGGCUAUCAUACUUCCUUUCUGGCAAUGUGAAUAAUAUUCAAUACCACGGGCUUUACUUUACAAUAUUUGAUGCAAACUUUCACAUUUUAUACUGACCCGCUUCCCAUGCAGUUAUUAUUAUUUUUUUUGCUAUGAGAAGUAUGCCACAACUUUUGCUUCCUCCAUUUUUUGUAUAAUUCUGAAUAGUUUUGUAAAGUGUUUGCCAAGUAUUUUGCUUCCUUACAAGAAAUAGCAAUGUUGAAAUAUUAUUGUUGUCAUCUAUUAAAUCA